AUGUCGUCGCCAUCGAUGAGUGAGGAGGACUUGUUCCCGUUGAAGGCCAUCAAAGAGGAGCCAGUGUCGGACAACGAUUCGGCUGUGGAUUCUGAAGAGGAGGACGCGACGACGACUUCAGACUCGGAAGACGUCGAGCUCAACAACGUCAAGGAGAACAAGAAGACGACGAAUUCUGAAGAGGAGAUUGUCGGAGGAGGUGGUGGAGGCCAAGUGAAACAAGGGAGCAAGAGAAAUAAGAAAGAGGGAAAAAGCAUGUUGCCGAAUACAGGAGGAGCUAGUAAUGAUAGUGGUGUUGAUGGAGUCGCCACGUCAUCAGCGGCCAGUACUUUGGAUUAUACGGCCAUGAACGCUCAGGACUAUCUGCCCGCCUACUCCAAUUCGACACUCAACUAUCAGACAUAUCAGUACCCAUCCGCCACGAAUAACUUGCUCAACUACAACUAUAAUCAGUAUGCCGCGGCAAAUCAGUUGGGAUCUAACUAUAUCAAUCCGACGACGAAUUUUAUGCAAGGAGGCGGGAUUUCACCGUUGGGCAGCUUCACAACUAACCCAUCCACCGGUUCAACCUCCGUCACCACCUCAUCUGCCUCCGUCGUCAAUCGAUCUUCCGGCCGGAAUUCCAGCUCAACAGCAUCUACUAUCAACGCGGCCGCCGGUUCCCCCGUCGAUCGAUCCUAUUCAUCAUCUGGAAGUGGUGGACAGGAGCUGACAGUACAGGAGUUUGACAAUGUGCAAGAGAAAAUCAGACGACAGGGAACAUACGGACAGUCGAAGCCACCAUACUCGUACAUCUCACUGAUCACUAUGGCUAUCCAGAAGUCCGCCACCCGUCAGUUGACACUCUCGGAAAUCUACAAUUGGAUCAUGGGACUCUUCCCGUACUACCAGAAUAACCAGCAGAGAUGGCAAAACUCGAUUCGUCACUCCCUAUCGUUCAACGACUGCUUUGUGAAGGUUGCCAGAUCCCCGGAUAAGCCAGGCAAGGGCUCGUUCUGGACACUCCACGAGCACUGCGGCAACAUGUUCGAGAACGGAUGCUACCUCCGUCGUCAGAAGCGAUUCAAGGUCAAGGAGCGUGAGCCGUCGAGAAAGAAGCGUAACGCCCACUCCCAACAACAACAACAUGUGCCGAAGAUUGAGAUCAAGGAGGAGGAUACCAACGUCUCCUCAACAUCGUCUCUUGGUGCGUACCCGAUGAUUGCUCAGACGGCGUCGAAGCUCGAGGCAAAAGAGGAUUUGAAAGAUGCGACGUCGGUGGCGGCGACUGCGGCUUCGGUGUUACUUGAUAGUGCGGCGUCGGGUGGAACUGGCAGUCAUAGUCAAGCCACUUCAGUGAUCUCUAGUGUCGGGACUCUUGGAGCUGCACAGUCACAGAUGAACCUCAACGGUCAGUACACAUCACCGUACAUCUACAGUGACUUCUCCACAAGUCUCCUACAGCCACAAAACUUUUUGAGCAACACCAUCUACAAUCCGUCGGGCAUUUAUGCCAACAAUGACUAUAAUGGAUAUCAGAACACACUCUACAGCUCAACCAACCCGAACUCUGCAGCGAAUCUCUGA